CAAUUAUGUCAUUGAACAAGAUACCAAGUUCUUGUCUCGUUGUCGCAACAUAGAUUAACAUUGAUCGUCUUGUCCAGACAAUACACAGAUCGAAGCUGAUGACGACGAUGAUACCACUGUUGUUGUUGUCGUUGAUUCUUCUGUCGUUCAUACCCACCAACGGCGAAGACCCAACUGAUGGAGAGUUCGGAUUCAACGGAUUCUUGUACUCACCAUAUGGUGUUGCUGAUCUCAAAUCCAAUGGCUUGUUCCAGUUGACAAACUCGUCUACGCAACUACUUGGUCAGGUUUUCUACAAUUCCCCGGUUCGGUUUAAGGGCUCUGCCAAUGGGUCCGUCUUCUCCUUCUCCACCUCCUUCGUGUUCGCCAUCGUUCCCGAGAAUUCAGAGCUCAGGGGACAUGGACUUGCCUUCGUCAUCUCUCCCACCAAAGGCUUGCAUCAUAGUCUCCCCAGGCAAUAUCUAGGCCUCUUCAACGAAACCAACAUGGGGAAUUUCUCUAAUCAUAUUGUCGCGGUUGAGCUUGACAUGUUUCGAAACCAAGAGUUUGGUGACAUUGACGGCAACCAUGUUGCUAUCGACAUCAAUAGCCUAAUGUCCAAGAAAGCUUCUGCCGCAGGGUAUUUCAAAGAUGACGGUACUUUGGAGAAUCUCGUUCUUGGCGAUGGACAACCGAUGCAGAUCUGGGUUGAAUACGACAGCUCACAGAACAGGCUCAAUGUCACACUUCAUCCUGUUCAUGUCCCUAAGCCAAAGAUCCCUCUUCUUUCUCUGGUAGAAGAUCUUUCUCCUUAUUUACUCGAGUUUAUGUACGUUGGCUUUACAUCAUCCACGGGUAGGCUCACCGCGUCUCACUAUAUAUUGGGUUGGACAUUCAAGAUGAAUGGGACAGCUCCCAACAUAGACAUCUCCCGCCUUCCGAAAGUUCCCCGCGGUUAUCAGCAAAGGCAGCAACAGACUCUGAAGAGGGUUUUGGCCAUCAGUUUGAGUUUAUCAGCCAUCACCCUCUUCAUUGUCUCGGUUUUCGUCCUCAUGGUUUUUCAUCAGCGGAAAAAGUUCAUGGAAAUCCUCGAGGACUGGGAAGUACAGUUUGGUCCCCAUAGAUUCUCUUACAAAGAUCUCUACAUCGCCACAAAGGGUUUCAAGAAUAGCGAGCUCCUCGGACAAGGAGGUUUUGGAAAAGUCUAUAAAGGAAGUUUGCCUUUGUCCAACAUACAGAUAGCAGUGAAGAAGGUUUCUCACGAUUCAAGACAAGGGAUGCGAGAGUUUGUGGCCGAGAUUGCGACCAUCGGCCGUCUCAGACACCCGAACUUAGUCCGGCUCCUCGGCUAUUGCAGACGGAAAGGCGAACUCUACUUGGUCUAUGACUUUAUGCAGAAAGAAAGCCUUGACAAGUUCCUCUACUCCCGAACAAACGGGAGCAGUCUUGAAUGGUCGCAAAGAUUCAAGAUCAUCAAGGAUGUAGCUUUUGGAUUGUGUUAUCUGCAUCAACAAUGGGUGCAGGUCAUAAUCCAUAGGGACAUCAAGCCAGCCAACAUUCUUCUUGACGAGAACAUGAACGCAAAGCUCGGAGAUUUCGGCCUUGCGAAGCUAUGCGAUCACGGAAUCGAUCCUCAAACUUCCCACGUGGCAGGCACACUCGGAUACAUCUCACCAGAGCUUGCGAGAACAGGGAAGGCAAGCACAAGCUCUGACGUGUUUGCUUUCGGCGUGUUCAUGCUAGAGAUUUCUUGCGGAAGAAGGCCCAUCGUUCCCCGAGCAUCCCCGAAAGAGAUGCUUAUAACUGAUCGGGUAUUAGGCUGUUGGGAUAACGGAGAUAUUCUGCAGGCGAUUGAUGAGAAGUUAGGGCAACAGUACCUUGCGGAACAAGUAACGUUGGUUUUGAAACUGGGCCUGCUCUGCUCUCAUCCCACCUCGGCCAUGAGGCCAAGCAUGUCGAGUGUCGUCCAGUUCCUGGACGGCGUGGCUCAGCUUCCGCAUAACUUGCUUGAUAUCGUCAAAUCUCGAGAUUUCGAUGGAGGACGCGGUGCUUCCCAAGAAGCAGACGAGUCUCUGACGACCAACUCUUUGGCUUCUUUGACAUUUACAGAAUCAUUCGCCUCUCAUGGUCGUUGAAUCUUAUUUGGUUUCUCGUCUCGACAAACCUACGUGUAUGAACUGGAUAGGGCCAUGUCUUUUUGGACUUUAUAGUUCCUUGAGUUUU